AUGCUCCCCAUCACCACCGCCGUCGCCCUGGUGCUCGCUGCCGCCCACAGCGUCUUUGCCGCGCCGGUUGCCGACGUCCUGGUAGCUCGGCAGGGCUACGUCGCGCAGUGCACCGAGAUCUACACUGUCCUAGCGGGCGACCGCUGCAUCGACAUCAUCGCCAAGUACGGCUCGGCCUUCACUCUACAGGAGUUCUACUCCUGGAACCCGCAGGUCAACAGCGCGUGCACCAACCUGUAUAUCGGCCAGCAAGUCUGCGUUGGCGUUGGGACGACGCCGACCGGGUGCGCCGCGCCCACCAUGCCAGGCCUCGCUGCCGAGUGCACGAGCUGCUACCAGGUCGUGGAGGGCGACACCUGCUGGGUCGUCGUCGCGAAGACCGGCGUCACCCUCGGCAACUUCUACAGUUGGAACCCGAGCAUCAAUGCCGACUGCACUAACCUCCUGCUCGGGUACAAUUACUGUGUCGGCGUGUAA